AUGUCUGACCUCGUAUCAACGACUGACGAAGUGAAACAACGCGACGCUCGCACUAGCAUUCGGCAGCUGGAAAGAGCAAUCAGUGUCAAUGAUGACACAACCGGCUUUUACUACGCAAAAGACGGUAUCAUCGAUCUGCGCACUGUAGCAAGUGACCUCACAGAACACCACAGACGAAUUCUCCAUAGACCGCCCAAGUUGUACUCCAAGGUGAUUGAUGCUUUGGAAGCUGCAACAGAUUGCUUUUGGUCAAAGAUUGACCCUGGAGACAAGACCAAAGCUUUAAAUCGGCUGCAUGCGACUUUGAAGGACCGUUUUCAUUGCCACAGAGUGCGACUUGUCGGGCUGGAGAAAUACGUCUCUAUAUCUGUGGAGCGCUUGAACAUCCAAAGGAGCAUGGUUUCAUUCAUUACGGCCGAAAUCGCACAGAAGGAUGCCAAGCUGAAUCUCAAGAUAGCGGGAGACCAGAGAAAAAUAGCACAUGCCAGUAAGAGUGAUAGCCAGGCAAUGAAGGCCCUCUCUCUUCUCGGUGCCGCCUUCCUGCCUGGCACGUUCAUCGCCUCCAUCUUCAGCAUGUCCUUUUUCGACUUCCAAGCUCAAGUCCAUGUUUCGUCCAAGAUUUGGAUUUACUUUGCGUUCAUGGUCCCGUUAACCACAGCUGUGCUUCUUGGAUGGAUUUUCUGGGAUCAUAAGCGAAGAAGAUUGCAACACCAGAGAAGGUCUGCUUCUAAUAGCAUCGGCUCUGACGCAGAGAAGGCGAUUUUGUAUGAGCUGGCUAAGCGAAAGUGA